GUUAAGACUCUGGUGGAAUGUUAACGAGGUGGCCGACUGUCCCUGCGUUGGCAGUCAAGUGUCUGUGGUCAACAGCUGAACAAGUUACUUGAGUAGACGAUCAUUAAACAUCUAUGAUGGCAUUAUUCACUAUCUUCCUCCUCGGCUGCAUUGCUCAGGUGAUAAAGGGUCAGGCCUACCAACCAUACGGAACCCAUGUACCUCUGCCAGUUGUCACGCCCACUACCUCCACCGUCACAGUUCAGACAACCCUGACCCACACUCUGCGGGAGACGACGACCUCUGACGUGUGGGUUACAGAGCAGACGGCGAUCACCCUGACAGUCACCCAGACAACCACCCAAUGGGACUUUGUUCCCCAGUAUCCACAGACGGUGACCUCUGUGAUAAGGGUCACCUCCACACCGGUAGUGGUUGAGACGGCUACGGUGGGGGUCAACCCAGUGAGCACAAUGGUGUCCAUCUACAGUCAGUUCGUCACCACCACAGAUACUGUUAAAUACUGGCAGACCAUAACCCACGUGGCUGUCACUCACGAGAUCCAGACGGUGCCUGUGGUGACUACACAAGAGCUCUUUCAAGAGAUAGUAACUACAGUCACCCAGAUAGUAACCACUACAGUUACCUCAACCACUGAAAGAUACUACGCUUAAAACGGCUUUUGACUACUCCUCCCUCGCUUAAUGACUCAUCACAAAGUACUAUAGAUUGUAAUGUCAAAUAAAAGGUAUACUCGGUAA